UUCAUCGCAGUGACUUACUCCUUAUAACAGAAAACAUUAACAAAAUUUAUCUCAAAAUAUCGCAAUAUAUCUUGAGAUUUAUUUUUUUCGUACAGAUGAUCUGGCCUACAGAAAAAUUGCUACUCAAUCCCAAACCUAUCCAGGUGGUUACAUGUAUUAUGAUGCAAAUAACGCAGUUGAUGGAAACACAACAACUUGUACGAGAACAACAGAGAUAGGAAUAUUCAACCCUCACAACAGCGUAUGGUGGAAAGUUGACCUUGGUAGAGUGUACAGUAUUUACAGCAUUAACAUACUGUUUAAAAACUACGACGGAUACGGUUAUCGACAACGUGGACGUUUUGCUGGAUUCUCUUUGUAUGUAUCAACUACUGGUGAUAUACAGGGUUCAACUCUGUGCUACAAGGACGGACCACAGUUACCACCCCUAAAUUUUACAACCACGUGUACAGGACAGGGGCGUUACGUCAUCUUUUACAAUGAUCGACUUGAUGGAGUUACCUACCCUGACGGAUAUGAAAUUCAAAAUGUCUUCACUGAACUGUGCGAAGUUAUUGUACAAGGUUGUAAUAAAUCUGGUGUGUAUGGGGAAAACUGUAACAUCCCAUGUCCCAUCAACUGUAAAGACAGCAUUUGUAACAUUCAAAACCGAUCAUGUAUUGGCUGUAAGUCUGGAUGGACGGGACAAACCUGCAGUACAAAAUGUAUCGAAGGGUGGUAUGGUGUCAACUGUAGUCAACAGUGUAAAGGACACUGUAGAGGCGGUGCCACCUGUAAUCACGUGACUGGUCUGUGUCAGAGAGGCUGUGCUGAUGGAUGGACAGGAUCUAUGUGUGAAAAAGAUGAUCUGGCCUACAGAAAAAUCGCUACUCAAUCCCAAACCUAUCCAGGUGGUUAUAUGUAUUAUGAUGCAAAUAACGCAGUUGAUGGAAACACAACAACUUGUACGAAAACAACAGAGGUAGGAAUAUUCAACCCUCACAACAGCGUAUGGUGGAAAGUUGACCUUGGUAGAGUGUACAGUAUUUACAGCAUUAACAUACUGUUUAAAAACUACGACGGAUACGGUUAUCGACAACGUGGACGUUUUGCUGGAUUCUCUUUGUAUGUAUCAACUACUGGUGAUAUACAGGGUUCAACUCUGUGCUACAAGGACGGACCACAGUUACCACCCCUAAAUUUUACAACCACGUGUACAGGACAGGGGCGUUACGUCAUCUUUUACAAUGAUCGACUUGAUGGAGUUACCUACCCUGACGGAUAUGAAAUUCAAAAUGUCUUCACUGAACUGUGCGAAGUUAUUGUACAAGGUUGUAAUAAAUCUGGUGUUUAUGGGGAAAACUGCAACAUCCCAUGUCCCAUCAACUGUAAAGACAGCAUUUGUAACAUUCAAAACCGAUCAUGUAUUGGCUGUAAGUCUGGAUGGACGGGACAAACCUGCAGUACAAAAUGUAUCGAAGGUUGGUAUGGUGUCAGCUGUAGUCUACAGUGUAAAGGACACUGUAGAGGCGGUACCACCUGUAAUCACGUGACUGGUCUGUGUGAGAGAGGUUGUGCUGAUGGAUGGACAGGAUCUAUGUGUGAAAAAGGCAUUCAUGGAGACUAAUUAUUUAAA